AUGAGACUCCAGUUUUUUACACCUUUUUACUUCAUCAUUGUUGUAACUGCAGUAACCAACACAUCACAACAAUUUAGGGAUGCUGGUGAUAGGCUAAUCACAUCGUUGAAGAACCUGGACGGUAAUGGAACGUGUGAACUAAUGACAGUAGAAAAGGUACCUAUUUUCGAGGCACAGCUUCAAAACAUUAGUGUAAAAUAUGAGCAACAUAAUUUCAUAUUGAAGGGUCUAGAAGCGGUUCUAAAUCACAAAGCAGAGAGUUUGGCCAAUAAUGGGACGGAGUCUCUCGAAAUGGAAUAUGAAAAGGUGGAAAGGGCAUUAGAUGCGGCCUUGAACGUUUCGCCAUUUGAAUAUAUUAAGAAAUUCAAAGAACUAUCCAAGACCAAGGUAGUUGAUGCUUUGGAAAAUCUCAAUCGAGAACAGAAUCGAAUUACUAUUAAUGGUGGUAGAGAAGACGAAAAAGAGAAAGAAGCGAAAGAAAAACGGAAACGAUUAGAUAAAAUAAAAAGAAUUCUAACUGUAAGUCUGUUAGAACUGGGGCUGGCUCAAGGAGUAACCGAUCUAUGUGCGGUAGCACCUUUUGCAUGCCUUCUUGGAGUGACGGUUGGAAGUAUUGGCUUUAUAUUUUGGUUGGCACUAAUAUACAAUGCCAUUCAAUAG